CUGCUGCUCAGUGGGCUGCUCCUACUACUGCUGAGCUGGGCUGGGCUGGGCUGGGCUGCACAGGAGAUCUGGAGAGAGGAGAAAAGCCCAGGAGCUAAGCCAGAUCUGCCAAGAGCCUCAGGCUUUGGGAACUGAAGAGUGUACUGAAAAGAUUCUCCCUGCUCUCCAAUGGCCAGCAACAACACCGCCAGCAUAGCUCAAGCAAGGAAGCUAGUAGAACAGCUGAAGAUGGAAGCUAACAUUGAUAGGAUAAAGGUAUCCAAGGCCGCUGCAGACCUGAUGGCCUACUGCGAAGCGCAUGCCAAGGAGGACCCUCUGCUGACCCCCGUUCCGGCUUCAGAGAACCCCUUUAGGGAGAAGAAGUUUUUCUGUGCCAUCCUUUAAGUCUUCACGAGGAGCCUGCAGAGCCUCGGGGGCUCCUGGGACACUGAUGUAGAGUUUUUAGCAAAGUGGACGCCUUUCUCGUCCACAGCAUUUGAAGAGAGGGAGGAGAACCAGCCUGGCAGCUCUGGGCUAUGCAUGUUUAAAGAACGGGUCCUAUUUAUGAGAAUGAAAGCUGGCCACAGCCUGAGUAGAAGAGAUCCGAUACCUGCACCGAAGCCUGGAGGAGGGAAAUAUGUAAUUGGUGUCAUUUCUUUUCUGCUAUUCCUCCCCAAAUUUUUGUGUUUUCUGCUUUAUAUUUAAAAUAAUAAUAAAAAAUCAAACA